GGACAUGUGUUUUGAUUGUUAGAGCAUGUUUGAGGACAUGUGUUUUGAUUGUUAGAGCAUGUUUGAGGACAUGUGUUUUGAUUGUUAGAGCAUGUUUGAGGACAUGUGUUUUGAUUGUUAGAGCAUGUUUGAGGACAUGUGUUUUGAUUGUUAUCGUAUCAAUACAAUAGACACUCUUUGGUUUGCUUCCGUUUAGAUCCUUAAGUAUGGUAAAGAGUUUCCAUUGCAAAAGUUUUGCAACUGAAACCUCCAAAUGAAUACACGCCAGGUGAUGUCAUGUUUUGUGGAUCAUGUGAUUUGGCUGUGUGGAGAAUGGCUGACCAAGCCGUGACUACUGAGAGAGGUUUGUUUUUUGGCUGCAGACUGGCUCAGCGAAUACUGAUGUUUCUUGGUAUUCAUAGUCUUUUCUACAAUUUGUUGAGUGUCCUGGACAGAACGUUGAGGUCCUGGACUUCCACGGCAUGGAUCACCAGCUGGCUGCCCUCCUGGUGCCCCACCUCCCAGAACCAGCUCAAGACUGCAGAGGAGAAGAUGCUGCAAUGCAUCACAGGCAAGGUGUCCCAGCAGUAUGUCCCAAUCUCGGAUGGUAACAUGCUGUGGACCCUCACAUUGAAUAGAAACAUGAAGAACCAGACUCCCCUGGUGCUGCUGCAUGGCUUCGGUGGAGGGGUGGGCCUGUGGGCCCUCAACCUAGACGCCCUGGCCCAACAGAGGCCCGUCUAUGCCUUUGACCUGCUGGGCUUCGGCCAGAGCAGCAGGCCCUACUUCAGCUCCGACGCCAAGGAGGCUGAGGCCCAGUUUGUGGACUCCAUCGAGCAGUGGAGGGCUAAAGUCGGCCUGGAAGCCAUGGUCAUGCUGGGACAUAACUUUGGAGGUUAUUUGGCAGCUGCUUAUUCGCUCAAGUAUCCCACCAGGGUAAAGCACAUGGUGCUAGUUGAGCCGUGGGGCUUACCUGAGCGUCCAGACACAGAAGACCAGGACAGGCCCAUCCCCGUGUGGAUCAAAGCCCUGGGAGCCAUGUUGAGCCCGUUCAACCCCCUAGCAGGGCUACGUCUGGUGGGGCCACUGGGUCCCACACUUGUUUCAACUCUAAGACCAGACUUCAAGAAGAAAUACUUGUCCAUGUUCAACGAUGACACGGUCACAGAGUAUAUCUAUCACCUGAACGUCCAGACUCCCAGUGGUGAGACAGCCUUCAAGAACAUGACCAUACCAUACGGGUGGGCCAAGAGGCCUAUGCUGCAGAGGAUUGGCCUGCUCCAUGCUGACAUCCCUAUUACUGUGAUAUAUGGGUCACGCUCCAGCAUCGACGGUAACUCGGGCAACGCUAUCAAAGGAAUGAGGCCAAACUCUCAUGUGGAGAUCAUAGCUAUCAGAGGGGCGGGCCACUACGUCUAUGCUGACCAGCCAGAGGACUUCAACCACAGAGUGCUUCAGGUCCUCAGUAGUAGACCUACCACCACCAGCACAGCAGACCUGCUAACUAGGGAAGGACCCCGUGUUGAAAAGGUGAUUCUCCUGGAUUGUUUGGUUUGACACUUUUGUAUUCAUUCUACUGACUAAAGAAAAUGGCUCAUAGUUGUUACUGCUUGUCGGGAUUUUGGUCAUUUUGUGAUGAGUGUGUCAGCUUUUAAUCUGCUGUUUUAAGAAAUGUGAUUCUCAGAACGAUACAGACUACAAUUUGACCACUUGUGGAUUAUUCUCAUUCUGUCAAAGAUCCUUUGUGAGAUUAUUUAGAAAUGUUUCAUUUGCGUCAUAACAGCUCAUGUAGAUAUGACCACGGACCAUAGAGUUUUGAUUUAAAUACAUAUGAUUGUUGAACUUCUAGACCUCUGGUUUUGCUGAUGGGCUCCUGAGUGGCACAGCGGUCUAAGGCACUUCAUCUCAGUGCUUCCUCUCAGUUCCAGGCUGUAUCACAACCAGCCGUCAUUGUCAGUCCCAUAGGGCGGCGCACAAUUUGGCCCGGCGUCGUUAGGGUUUGGCCGGGGUAGGCCG